GGUGCCAUGCGAGCUGGAAAAGAGGGGGAGAAGCCUUCUUCCUGUUCCCCAGAAUAUUCUCCUCUCCUCCUCCCCAGGCUGUCGGACCUGCCGGCUAGUUGAAGUCGAAGGUCCGGCCUCCGAAGAUCGGGGCAGCUCCACCACGGGGCAGGAUGACCGCUGGCAUGAGGGGCAACCGGGUCCUGAGCCACCUCCAGCUGCUGAGUUGGCUGUGCCUCCUCCUGAGACACACAUCCCCUGUGCAGGGGGCUGGCCCAGCUGCCCAGACCACAGGAAACCCAAGCCCUCUGAUUGUCCAGAAAGACUUCAAUAGCACGAAGGGGGUGGACUGUAGGAAGGUGCACAACCUGACCGUCUCUGAGAGAUGUGACUUUGUCCAGACCAACCCAGACUGCCAGACUGAGCGUGGAUACGUCAACUACCUCAAAGGCAUCUUCUGCCUCUUCUCCCCGGAACUCCUGCCUUUAGUGGUCAUUCUCUAUGUAUUCUGGCUGUUUUAUCUCUUUCUGUUCCUUGCUGUCACAGCUGAGAAGUUUUUCUGCCCCAACUUGUCAGCUAUCUCCACCAUCUUGAAGCUUAGCCACAAUGUGGCAGGUGUUACCUUCUUGGCCUUUGGCAAUGGGGCCCCUGAUGUCUUCAGUGCGCUGGUGGCUUUCUCCAACCCCCACACGGCUGGGCUGGCCAUCGGAGCACUCUUCGGUGCUGGCGUGCUGGUCACCACAGUGGUAGCCGGCAGCAUUGCUAUCAUCCGGCCCUUCACGGCGGCCUCCAGGCCCUUCUUUAGAGACAUAAUUUUUUACAUGGUGGCCAUCUUCCUGACCUCCACCGUGCUGUACACAGGCAAGAUCACUCUGGGCUGGAGCCUAGGUUACCUGGGCUUUUACCUCUUCUAUGUGUUCACUGUGGUCCUCUCCACCUGGAUAUAUCAGCGGCAGAGUGUGUCAGCGUUCAUCCCCACCCAACCCAGCCCCCCACCAGUAUCGAAAUCAGAGGAUGGGAAUUCUUCUGUGACCAACAGCUAUGAUUAUGCGGAUGAGUACAAACCCCAGUUCCACAGUGGAGAGUCCUUAUCUCGGAUCCUGUCUCAGUCCCUCAACCCCCUGGACUACCAGAAGUGGAAGCGGAAACCCUGGUAUUGGAAGCUGCUUAAAAUCUUCAAGAUGCCGGCAGAGUUUCUGCUGCUGCUCACGGUGCCUCUUGUGGACCUGGACAAGGAGGAUCAAAACUGGAAACGGCCCCUCAACUGUCUCCAUCUGAUCACCAGCCCCGUGGUCUGUGUCAUGACUCUGCAGUCCGGAAUGUAUGGAUUCUAUGAGAUCCAGGGCAUCUUCCCCAUCUGGGGGGUCAUGUUGCUGGUGGGCAUCUUCCUUGCCUGCGUUACCUUCUUCAUCACCUCCAACGACCGACCUCCCAGGUUUUACCGGCUCUUUGCCUUCCUGGGCUUCUUUGUCAGCGCCCUUUGGAGCAACGCGGCGGCCACUGAAGUGGUGAAUGUCCUAAGUUCUUUGGGUAUCAUCUUCCAGCUCAGCAACACCAUCUUGGGGCUGACUCUGCUUGCCUGGGGGAACAGUAUUGGUGAUGCCAUCUCAGAUCUCACUCUGGCACGGCAGGGGUACCCACGGAUGGCCUACUCAGCCUGCUUUGGGGGCAUCAUCUUCAAUAUCCUGGUGGGUGUAGGUCUGGGCUGUGUGAUGGAAAUCACCAGAAGUAACACAGAUGUGAAGUUGGAGUCCGAUGGACUGCUGGUGUGGGUCUUGGCAGGAGCUUUGGGGCUCAGUCUGGUGUUUUCCUUCAUCUCGGUGCCGGUCCAGUGCUUCCAGCUGAGCAAAGUGUAUGGGUUCUGCCUGCUCUUCUUCUACGUGGGCUUCCUCACUGUGGCGUUACUCACGGAGUUUGGGGUGAUUCACCCGAAAGCAGGAUGAAGAGCGUGAAUGGGGGUUGGCGAAAGGGCGCUCCUGGAUGGAAACCAGAGGCGAGAGUGCAAGUCUCUGAGCCCCGGUGGUGGUCACUGGUGCUUCUCUCCACCAAAGGGAGAAGCAGGAUUCAUGGAACUCCAUUCUCUGACUCCAAAAACUCCAAGGGGUGGAGAACUGGAUCUGGGACUGAACGGUGGCUCCUGGGGACUGGUGGCCAGCCGGGGGCCUGGCUGUACGGCAGACUGGAAGCGGCUGCCCCGGGGCAGGGUGCCCCAGCCUGUAGAAAAGGAGACAAUCCAGUCCCCUGUCCUCAUCACAUUGUUGAGGACUCACGACAUCCUCCACUCAGGGACAUCCCCCUCAGCCCCAGGUCCUGAGUUGUCUCUAGAUGCUAAGUUCAUGUACUCAGCAGGAGGCCUGCAGGCCUUUUGUCAUUAAAGCCCUUCAGUGUCUCUGUGGA